GGCAUCGAGCCGUCGUCCGGCGUCAGUUAGCAACCGGCUCUUACAGGAACAUGACACGACUUUUGAAUCGUUAGUCUCGCUUAACUCGUGAUGUUCAGUGUAACUUGAUUCUUUUAUAUUCUCGUGUUCCUAAGUCUCUUACUUAAUCCAGUUGUUGCAAAUUAUUUUAUUAUUAUUUCAUUUACAAUCUCCUUCCUCUGCGACUCUCCGUUUAUUUUCCACCUUCUUUUUUCUCUCUUUUCAUUUUUUUUUUUCAAAUCUAUCUCCCUUUUUUCCUUCUCUCUUAUUCUCCUUCUGUCCGAAUCCAAUCGACUUUCUCUAUUACUUAUUUGCGAAAAGUUAAGACGAUCGAUAUUUUCUCUUCUUCUUCGUUUCGAUAAAUAUCCUUUUGUUUGUUUCUUGUUUUCUUUCUUUCUUUUUUUUUUUUUUUAAAUAUUCGUUUCUCAUAAUAUCGCAUCUCUUUCCUUCCCGUUUGAAAGUAAACGAAAUAGAAAGAGCAAGGAAAAAUCGGUAAAACGCGACGAAACGCGUGGUUCGUAAUCAGUCUGUGAUAUUAUUAUGACUGGUAACUAUUUAUCGUCGUCGAUAUUCCUCGAGAGUGACGAAUUAAGGACGUGUCACGGUAAAGGCAGGCCGAACGUGAAAACUCUGCGGUGAUUUUCUAUCGAAGAAGCGAACGAAAAAAUCCUUGCUGUUAAGAAGAGGACGCAAUCCGACUUCGCUCUCUUCGUCUUUUUAUCUUUGUUUAAAUUUUUUUUUAUUACACGCAUCUCUUUAAACUUCGUCUUUAAACUUUCUCGUAAUAAUAAUCCGAGGAAGAUAAAGAACGAGUGAGAAGAAGAGAUAAAGAGAAAGAAAGACAGAAAGAAAGACGAACGUCAUCAUCAUCAUCAUCAUCAUCAUCAUCAUCUAGUCGACUUUUUCUAAGCAACCCGAUCGUCUUUCGUGUAUAUCUAGUGUAAUUUAUUAAAAUCAAACAAAAUUCCUGUCGCACACGAGAACGAAUUCUGCCAGGAAGCGGAUACUAUCGCUUAUCUUGGUGGUGCCGUCAAAAUGGGACAAAUUGGAAAUGAUACACGCAUAUUGUUGAUGGAUGCAUUCCUUCAGAACAACAGAUUGGAUCAUGUCUCCAGGGUAAUGUCAUCGCAUCCCUUGUAUUUAGACCACUUCCUUCGAACUCAAAAUUUCAUCCUUAGGGGUGAUGGACCGCUUCCUUACGACUACAGACAUCUCAUAGCCAUUAUGGCCGCGGGUAGGCACCAGUGCAGCUAUCUGAUAAACCUGCAGAAGGGAGAGUUUCUUCUUCAGGGUGGUGACCCCUUGUGGCUUCAAGGUUUGAGAUCGAUCCCACGGAAGCUUCAAGAUCUCUAUGAGAUCAAUAAAAUCUUAGCUCACAGGCCGUGGCUUCUAAAUAAAACGCACAUAGAGAAACUGACCAAAGGCGCGGACAAUUGGUCCUUGGCCGAAGUCGUCCAUGCGAUAGUCCUUUUGGCUCAUUUUCAUUCGUUGUCAUCGUUCGUUUUCUCAUGUGGAAUCAACGAAGAAUUGGACAACGUAACGGGCCAUCAUUACAAGGAAAAUAUACAAGACAAUAGCAAUAAAGUGCCACCUGCCAAAGAAAAACUUUCUAGUAGCCCCAAGGAAAUACCCAAUGGCGACGGCAAGACUGAAAACGUACCGUCGCCGCCAUCGUCGCCUAGCAUAGUUGGUGAACAAGAGGUCGGUGUGGAGACUUUAAUGGAGCGAAUGAAACGACUUUCCGAAAAGUCCGAGUCUUAUCAAAUAACGCAAGAAGAAUUAUCCAAAAGAUUUGAAACGGUCGAAACGCAAUCAGCCGAAUUGGCAGCUGCACCUCAAAGAAGUAGCAGCAUUCUUGAUUCCGACAUCGGCCUGUUCAUCGACGAUCCUACCUUCAUAUACCAAGAUUUUGCUAAGCGAGGUCAACUGAACGACAUACCGACCUUCCGCGUGCAAGACUAUUCCUGGGAUGACCACGGUUACUCGUUGGUGAAUCGACUUUACAACGACGUGGGCAAUUUCCUCGACGACAAGUUCAAGACGACUUACAAUCUGACGUACUACACGAUGGGUACGCAUAGUAAGGUCGACACAUCUCGUUUCAGACGAGCAAUAUGGAACUACAUCCAAUGUAUGUUCGGAAUAAGGCACGAUGACUACGAUUAUAACGAGGUUAAUCAACUCCUCGAACGAAGUCUUAAGACCUUUAUCAAAAGCGCUGUCUGUUAUCCGGAACGCGUUACUAAGAAGGAUUACGAUCGUGUCAUGAGGGAGUUCAAGCACAGUGAGAAGGUGCAUGUGAACUUGAUGAUAUUGGAGGCACGCAUGCAAGCGGAAUUAUUGUAUGCUUUACGUGCCGUGAUGAGAUAUAUGACCUAAACGAAGAUCGAUUCGGGUCCCAUCGUUCGCCUGGUGGUUGGAUCUGUCUUGUCGAUCGGCUCGUCUAUUCGAAUCUUUUUUUUAUUCUAAUUUUUUUUUCUUU